AUGGUGUCCUGGGAUGUGAAGCUGGAGGUACAGCCAGAGGUAGACGUGUGGGACAUCCUGCAGAAGGCACCGCCGUCCCAGUACGAAAAGAUCGCUUUCCAGUACGGUAUCACCGACCUGCGGGGGAUGCUGAAGCGUCUCAAGCGGAUGAAGAAGGAGCAGAAGAAAAGUACAGCCUUCCUGAAGAAGCUAGACGCUGCCUACCAGGUUGACAAGGGCCAGAGGCUGAAGCUGGUGGUGGAACUGGCCGACCCAUCCGCAGAGGUAAAAUGGAUGAAGAACGGGCAAGAGAUCCAAGUCAGUGGCAGGUUCAUCUUUGAGAACAUCGGUAACAAGCGGAUUCUCACCGUCAACCACUGCUCGCUGGCAGACGACGCAGCCUACCAGUGUGUGGUGGGGGAGGAGAAGAGCAUCACUGAGCUCUUUGUACGAGAGCCCCCUGUGCUGAUCACUCAGCCCCUGGAGGAUCAGGCAGUGAUGGUCGGUGAGAGGGUAGAGUUUGAGCUGGAGGUAUCCGAGGAAGGAGCACUAGUCAAAUGGGAACGGAAUGGACAGGAGCUGAAGAGGGAGGAGACCUUCAAGUAUCGCUUCAAGAAGGAUGGCAAGAAGCACACGCUCUUCAUCAAUGAAGUGUCCAAAGACGAUGCGGGUCACUACACCGCCAAGACCAAUGGUGGCGAGUCGGUGGCUGAACUCCUAGUGCAAGAGAAGCAGCUGGAGGUCUACCAGAGCAUUGCUGAUCUGACUGUCAAGGCCAAGGAGCAGGCAGUCUUCAAGUGCGAGGUGUCUGACGAGAAGGUGAAUGGGAAAUGGUUUAAGGACGGCUUGGAGGUGAAGUCCAGUGACCGGCUGCAGAUCACGCACAUCGGGAGAAUCCACAAGCUUCUCAUUGAGAACGUGAGGCCAGAGGACGAGGGGAAUUACACCUUCGUGCCAGAUGGGUUUGCCUUCAACCUCUCAGCCAAGCUGAACUUCCUGGAGGUGAAAAUCGACUAUGUCCCCCGACAAGAUCCCCCCAAGAUUCACCUGGACUGUUUAGGCAGCAUUCCUGAUGCCACCAUAGUGGUCGUGGCUGGGAACAAGCUGCGUUUGGAUGUGCCCAUCAGUGGAGAGCCAACUCCCACCGUGGUCUGGACCAAGGGUGAUAAGGUGAUCACCGAGUUGGAAGGGCGGGUGCACGUGGAGUACCACCCCGAUCACUGUGUCUUCAUCCUAGAGGGAGCAGAACAGUCCGAUCAGGGUGUCUAUACUGUGCUGGUGCAAAACCCCGCGGGGCAGGAUCGGGCUGACAUCACCGUCAAGGUGGUGGAUGUCCCCGACCCGCCAGAGGCCCCUAAGGUGCUGAGCGUUGGAGAAGACUGCUGCACGAUCCAGUGGAAGCCACCAGUGUUUGAUGGGGGUGAGCCGGUGCUGGGGUACGUCCUGGAGCGGAAGAAGAAGAAGAGCUAUCGCUGGAUGAGGCUGAACUUUGACCUUUGGAAGGAGACAAAGUACGAGGCCAAGCAGAUGAUUGAAGGCGUCCUGUAUGAGAUGAGAGUCUACGCUGUGAAUGCCAUCGGCAUGUCUCGGCACAGCCCUGCCUCUCAACCCUUCAUGCCCAUUGUUCCCACCAGUGAACCCACCAACCUGACCGUGGAAGAUGUGACUGACACAUCUGUUGCCCUGAAGUGGAGAACCCCAGAGAAGGUGGGGGCAGCUGGGCUGGACGGUUACCUGGUGGAGUACUGCCAGGAUGGAACUGAUGACUGGGUACCAGCUCAGCAGGGUUUAACUGAUCGCACUUCCAUCGUCUGUCACAAUCUGCCGACGGGGGAGAAGCUACACUUCCGGGUGAGAGCAGCCAACAUGGCGGGAAUGAGUGAGGCAGCAACCCUUGCCCAGCCUGUCACCAUCAGGGAGAUUAUUGAACGGCCAUGGAUCUGCCUCCCGCGGGCCCUGCGGCAGAAGCUGGUCAAGGUGGUGGGGGAGACCGUCAACCUCAUGAUCCCUUUCCAGGGCAAACCCAGGCCAAAGGUCAGGUGGGUGAAGGAUGAAAAGCCCCUGGAUGUCCAGACCAUCACCGUCCGCAACAGUGACACCGACACAAUCCUGUUCAUCCGCAGGGCCGAGCGUCAGCAUUCAGGGAUCUACCAGCUGGAGGUGCAGAUUGAAAACAUCCAGGACACAGCCAGCAUCCACAUUCAGGUUAUAGACAAGCCAGGACCUCCGGUGAACGUGAAGGUGGUGGAGGUGUGGGGGAUGAACGUGGCACUAACCUGGCAACCACCCACGGACAGUGGCAACUGUGAAAUCUCUGGCUACACCAUUCAGAAGGCGGACAGAAGGACCAUGGAGUGGUUCACUGUCUGUGAGCACUAUCGGCGCUCCCAGUGCUCAGUGUCAGACCUGGUUGUGGGGAACGAGUAUUUCUUCAGGGUCUUCACUGAGAAUCUGUGUGGUCUGAGUGAGGAAGCUGGUGAGAGCAAGGACAGUGUCUACAUCCAGAAACCAGGGACAGACUACAAGCCACCCAGCUACAAGCAGCACGACUUCACAGAGCCGCCCAAGUUCACUCGCCCACUUGUUGAUCGCUCUGUCAUCUGUGGAUACAAUGCCACCCUCAGCUGUGCCCUUCGUGGCACCCCCAAGCCCAAGGUGACAUGGUACAAGAACCAUCUGGACCUGUCGACUGAUGCCCGCUACAGGACGUUCUGUAACCACGGGGUGCUGACUCUGGAGAUCCGGAAGCCGUGUCCCUUCGAUGCCGGGACCUACUGCUGCAAAGCCGUCAACAACCUUGGGGAGGCAGAGAGUGAAUGCAGACUGGAGGUCCGAGGGUGGAGCGAGGUGGUAGUACUGACCCUGACCACUAGCAAAGGCUGAAGAAUAAUCGAGAGCAGAUCGAGCCUUGGCCCAGAGUCCAGCUCGCCUCCACACCUUUGAAUUGGUUCAUCUCACUUGUAGUUUAGUCCAGCCGCACGGCUCAGAACAUGUUUUGCAUAAACCACCUUAAUAUUUGCUUCAAUGGAAAGGUUGCACUUGGCGAGCAUUGCCUCUUCUGAUCACUGAGAUCAUGUUUUAUCCUGGGGUGUGUGUGGGGAGAGGGAAGGUGUUCUUGCUGUAGUACUGUACUGACUGAAAUGUGGAUUGGCUUCAGAAUGAACAUUGUAUCAUAACAGGUGAUCUUCCUCUUUCAUUGUUGUGUGCUCCAGUUAGGAGUCUGUGCAUCACAACACAAGAAAUAAACGUUUCUACCACCUCCUUUCCAUGUGGUUACAUUGAAGA